UACUACAACAACAAUGGAGGCUUCUUCUUCUUCUUCUUCUUCUUCUUCUUCCUACAUUGCCCCGUUGUUCCUAUUUCUAUUGCAGCUCUUGUUUUUUGCAGCUCCCAUGGAGUGUGCAGAGACACACUACCAUAACUUCAUUGUUCAAGAAACCGCGGUGAACCGGCUGUGCAAGUCGCAUAACAUCAUUACGGUGAACGGACAGUUCCCCGGCCCGACGAUUUCUGCGAGGAACGGAGAUUCGUUGGUCAUCCGAGUCACGAACCGGGCUCGCUACAACAUCACUAUUCACUGGCAUGGAAUUCGACAGAUGAGAACGCCGUGGGCGGAUGGACCCGAGUAUGUCACGCAAUGUCCCAUUAGGCCGGGAGGAACGUACACAUAUCGGUUUACGCUCGAAAACCAAGAGGGCACGUUGUGGUGGCACGCGCAUAGCAAAUGGCUUAGGGCUACCGUUUACGGCGCGCUCAUUAUAUUCCCUAAGUCGAGCUCCUCGUUCCCUUUCUCGACGCCUAAGAUUGAUGUCCCGAUCAUUCUAGGCGAAUGGUGGAAUAGGAACAUCGUCGAUGUCAUGAGACAGGCGAUGUUCACGGGAGCGGCUCCGAACGUUUCGGAUGCCUACACGAUCAACGGGCAACCCGGCGACUUAUACCCGUGCUCGAGCCAGAGCACGGUUAGAAUACCGGUUAGCCAAGGCGACACGGUGCUACUUCGCGUCAUCAACGCGGCACUCAACCAACAGCUUUUUUUCUCGGUAGCUAACCACAAGCUCACCGUGGUCGGCGCCGACGCUGCGUACAACAAGCCGUUCGCGACCAACGUGAUCAUGGUUGGGCCGGGGCAGACGACCAACGUUCUACUCACGGCCGACCAGCCGCCAGCUCGGUACUACAUUGCCGCGCGCGCCUACGCCUCCGCACAGAAUGCGCCGUUUGACAACACCACCACGACGGCCGUUCUCGAGUAUAGAACUUCGGCAGGGGGGCAAUCAACGUCGUCCCGGCCGGUGAUGCCUCAGCUGCCGGCGUUCAACGACACAGCAACGGUCACGGCGUUCACCGGAAAAUUCAGGGGACUACCGUCGGUGGCGAAGGUCCCGACAAAAGUUGACGAAAAUCUGUUCUUUACUGUCGGAUUAGGCUUCGUGAACUGCACGCCGGGGCCGCGAUGCCAGGGGCCGAACAACACGAGGUUCGCGGCGAGCAUGAACAACGUGUCGAUGGUUCUGCCGACGAAGACGUCGCUGCUGCAAGCGUACUACCAAAACACGCCGGGAGUUUUCACUACGGACUUUCCUCCGGUGCCGCCGGUGGUGUUCGACUAUACCGGAAAUGUGAGCCGGGGGCUGUGGCAGCCAAAGUUCGGGACGAAGCUGUAUAAGCUGAAAUUCGGAUCGAAUGUGCAGAUCGUCCUGCAGGACACUGCCAUAUUCUCGACGGAGGAUCAUCCGAUUCAUCUCCAUGGAUAUCAUUUCUUCGUUGUCGGACAAGGAUUUGGGAACUUCAACGCUAAAUCAGAUCCUUCGAAGUUCAAUCUGGUGGACCCGCCGGUUAGGAACACGAUCGACGUCCCCGUCGGCGGAUGGGCUGUGAUUCGGUUCGUCGCAGACAAUCCAGGAGUUUGGCUGUUCCAUUGCCACAUAGAUGCGCAUCUUGCGUGGGGAUUGGGGAUGUCUUUCAUAGUCGAAAAUGGCAACGGGAAAUCACAGUCCGUCGAGCCGCCGCCGGCCGAUCUGCCGCAGUGCUGAGAAGGAAAUUCUACCGGAAAAAAUGGCUUCUUUUUUUUUUUUUGGUGUCGAAUGUUGGUCGUCAGUUUGAGAUGUUUUUCACAGAUUGGAUUAUUGCAAUUUGCAAUUGAGGAAUCUGUAAUUGAUAUGGAAUUGUACUGGUCUGGUGACUGGUGGUUCUUUUAGAGGCAGAGGCUGUUUCUCUGAAUACACUUUAUUAAUUAUUGUCAUUGAAUGGUUUGCGUU